GUGACCCUCCGGCUGAGGCCUCUCUGUCGUUCACGCUGGACUCGGGCGCGUCUCAGUGCUUCUUCCGCGACCACACGACCCUUACGCCACUCCUCACCCCUGUGUCGGUGGCUCUGGCUGAUCCUACCUCUGGACCAGCCGUUGCGCGUACCUCCACCACCCUCCCGUGCCCUGUGGUCCCCUCUGGUGUCCUGCGCGGCCUCCACAUCCCCUCGUUCACUCGGAACUUGGUGGGUGUUGGAUACCUCCAGGACAGGGGGAUCACGGUUACCUUCGUGGGGGGUGGGCGGACUGCAGUCUGUACUGACGCUACCACAGGUGCUGUUCUGGCCACUUUCACCAGGGAGCCCCGCUUCGGUCUCUACGUUCUCCACACCGAGCGCUCCCCGGUCGCGUCCUCCCCUCAGGUCGCUGCGUCCCCUCCGACCCAGGGACUUGUCACAGGUCUCCCACGCACCUUCCCGUCGCUCCCUCUCUCGCUUGCCCCUCCUUGCUCUCCGUGCGUCGCCGGUCGCUUACGCGCCACUCCCCACUCCUCCUCCCUUCGUCCGGCCACCGCUCCCUUCGAGACUCUCCACUUGGACGUCUGGGGCCCUGCCCCGACGCAGGGGUCUGGGAGAGAGCGUUACUUUCUGGUGGUCGUCGACGACUACUCCAGUUGUCUUCACUCCGACCGUGGGGGCGAGUUUCGCUCCGGCAUUCUCGGCGGAUUCUGCGGCGAACAGGGCAUCACCCAGUCCUGGACGCUGCCAGAGUCCCCACAGCAGAAUGGGGUUGCUGAGCGCCGCAUAGGCCUGGUCAUGGACAUCGCCCGCACGUCCAUGAUCCAUGCCCGUGCGCCCCAUUUUCUGUGGCCUCACGCGGUUCGCUACGCCUCACACCAGCUGAACCUCCAGCCGCGUGUCUCGCGGCCCGAGGCUUCACCGACCAGUCUUUGGACUGGUUCCCCUGGUGUUGGGUCGGCCUUUCGAGUCUGGGGCUGCCUUGCACUUGUUCGCGACACCUCCGCGGACAAGCUCUCGGCACGCGCCGUCCCCUGUGUCUUCCUUGGUUUCCCAGUGGACUCUGCCGACUGGUCGUUUUACCACCCGCCCCUCCACCAGUUCCUAGACUCCCGUGACGUCCGGUUUGACGAGUCUGAGUCCUACUACACCCGGUACCCCUGUCGAGGUCUCCCGGUACCCCCUCCCCCCCUGUUCCUAGCACCCUCUCCUCCUCCUGCUCCUGCUCCUCCGGUACCCCCGCCCCCCCCUGGUCCUGCCCCGUCUGGUGUGUCUCACGCUACCCCUCUACCCUCGGUCGUGCGUCAGGUAGCGUCUCCCUCCCCACAGUCCUCCUCACAGUCCCCUCAGCAGCCUUCGGCACUUCCGCGACAGGUUACUGUGGACUCGGUUGGUGUUGGAGCUGGAGGUGCAGCCGCUGGCGGUGCUCGGUCUGGGGGUGCUCGGUCGCGGGGUGCUGGAGCAGGAGGUGCUGGCGCAGGUGGCGCUGGCUCUGGGGGUGCUGGAGCUGGAGGUGCUGGCACUGGAGGUGCUAGUUCUGGGGGUGCUGGAGUUGGCGGUGCUGGCACUGGCGGUGCUAGUUCUGGGGGUGCUGGAGUUAGAGGUCCUGGCACUGGAGGUGCUGGUUCUGGGGGUGCUGAGUCUGAGGCGACUGACGCUGGAGACCCUGGUUCUGCAGAGUCCACUCCGCCUCCCCACCGCCACGACACGCGUCUCCAGGCUGCCCGUCGGCGUGAGCGUGAGGAGCAGGAGCGGUUGGAGAGGGAGCGGCAGGAGCUGCGGGUGCUGGACCUUCUGGAGCAGCAGCGGCAGCAGCAGCAGCAGCAGCAGCAGCCGCAGCCGCAGCCGCAGCAGCAGCAGCCGCAGCCGCAGCCGCAGCAGCAGCAGCCGCAGUCGCCGCUGCAGCAGCAGCAGCCGCAGUCGCCGCUGCAGCAGCAGCAGCCGCAGCCGCCACCGCAGCUUCCUCUGGAGCGGCAGUUGUUCCCACCUGUGAGUGGCCUGCGGGCCCUUGGCCUUUCCUCCUCUCCUCCUGUCCGCUCCCAGUCUCCUCCUGUGUUUGUUCCUCCGUUGCCUCCUCCUGACGACCGUCCGGCGGCCUGGUCUUCUCCUCCUCCUCGGUCUCCUCCUCACUCUGUCCGUCACGACUUGAUCACUCGUUGUCCUCCGCGUGCUCGUCACUCGUCCCCUGUUACUGACCUCCACACUGCCCUCUUUUGUUCGUCCAGUCGUCGUUCUUGUUCUCCUGUGUCCGUUCUCCCGUCUCCUCCUCCGUCCUCUCUCCCAGCCCUCCCCACUCCUAUAACAGACUACUACCGCACUGUUCGUCCUGUUGCCGCACGUGUCCUCGCCACUCUUGUCACUGACUCUCGUUUCCCUCCGUCGUCUGCCUCGGCUCUUACUGCCGCUGUCGCUGAGUUUGCUGCCGCCAGCCGCCUUGACUACGCCACCCGGGUGGUGCCAGCUCCUCCCUACCGUCCUCUGUCCGUCGGGGGUGGGUUUGCCCUUGGCUGCACCUACGUCGACGCAGUUCCCCCUCCCAGGGCGAACGUAGUCGAUGGCAUGUGGCUCUUCAAGGUGAAGCGGCCGCCUGGAGCACCGCCGGUGUUCAAGGCGCGCUACGUGGCUAGGGGUUUCAGUCAGCGUGAGGGAGUUGACUUCUUCCAGACCUUCGCCCCGACCCCGAAGAUGACUACUCUUCGGGUGUUACUCCACAUAGCAGCGCAGCGAGACUACGAGCUGCACUCCCUCGACUUCUCCACUGCGUUCCUCCAGGGCCGACUGCACGAGGAGAUCUGGCUGCGCCGUCCUCCUGGCUUCACUGACACCUUCCCACCUGGGACCCAGUGGAGCCUGAGGCGACCAGUCUACGGUCUCCGCCAGUCGCCCCGUGAGUGGCACGACACUCUUCACUCCACGCUUCGUGACCUUGGGUUCAGCCCGUCCUCCGCCGACCCGUCGCUGUUUGUUCGAGCGGGUUCUACUCCUUUCUUUAUCCUUGUCUACGUCGACGACUUGGUGUUUGCUACAGCAGACAGGGCAGCCCUGGCUCAGGUGAAGUCCGAACUGCAGAAGAGACACAAGUGCACUGACCUGGGUGAGCUGCAGCGCUACCUUGGCCUGCAGAUCACCCGGGACAGAGCCGCUCGCACCAUCACACUGACGCAGUCACACAUGGUGCAGCAGGUCCUUCGGCGGUUCCACUUCCAGUUCUCCACCACACAGCCCACUCCUCUUGCUGUUGACCACAGACUCACGGGCCCCUUUCCUGACGAGCCCUUUGAGUCCAGUGGACCCUACGCAGAGCUGGUGGGCUGCCUCAUGUACCUGAUGACUUGUACUCGACCGGACCUCGCCUUUCCACUCAGCAUCCUUUCUCGCUUUGUUGCGACUGGGAGACACCGCCCUGUCCACUGGACAGCUGCUGUGAGGGUGGCGAAGUACUUGGCGACUACAUCAGGCAUGGGGCUUGUGCUUGGAGGGACUCAGCCAGUGGCAUUGACUGGUCACUGCGACUCUUCCUACGCUGACGACGUGGAGACUCAGCGCUCGACUCAGGGUUACUGCUUCAGUCUGGGAGCUGGUGCUGUGUCGUGGAGGUCUACACGGUCGUCGUCUGUGGCUACUUCCAGUGCAGAGGCAGAGAUCUACGCUGGUGCCAUGGCGGCACAGGAGCUUCGCUGGUUGACCUUCUUGCUCGCCGACCUUGGUGAGCGGCCUCGCUCUGCACCGACCUUGUACGCUGACAACAAGGCCAUGAUCCUCCUGUGUCGAGAGCCUCGACUGGAGAGCAGAGUGAAGCAUAUUGACGUGAAGUAG